GGAGGGGCGGUCCGGAGCCGGUCUCGGGUCCCGAGUCCGCAGGUCUGCUCCGGCACCCGCGGCGGCGGUCCCGGUGGCGCCAUGUCGUUCUGCAGCUUCUUUGGGGGCGAAGUUUUCCAGAACCACUUUGAGCCAGGUGUCUAUGUAUGUGCCAAGUGUGGCUAUGAGCUCUUCUCCAGUCGCUCCAAGUAUGCACACUCAUCUCCGUGGCCAGCCUUCACUGAGACUAUUCAUGCAGACAGCGUGGCCAAGCGUCCGGAGCACCAUCGCCCUGAAGCCUUGAAGGUUUCUUGUGGCAGGUGUGGCAAUGGGCUGGGCCACGAGUUCCUGAACGACGGCCCCACGAGGGGGCAGUCCCGAUUUUGAAUCUUCAGCAGCUCCCUGAAGUUCAUCCCUAAAGGCAAAGAAACUUCUGCUGCCCAGGGGCAAUAGGUGGGCAGCUUCCAACCCCACCCCAGCUGGACUCGUGGAGGCUAUACCAUCUUGGCAUUGAAUUCUAGGCAUUCGGAUAGGGAGGCAGGGCAGGGGUGGCUGAAACAUCAGAAAGGCCCACAAGCCUGAGCUCUGAAGAGAAUCUCCUUGCACAAAGCACCUGCAGGGGCCCUGGGCUGAGCCAAUGGCUUUUUUGGCUUCAAGUUCACACAGUUUCCAGGAGAAUUAUAUGCCCCAUGUAUUCCUGCUGUUUCCUCCCUGGCUAUUUGCACUGCACCCCCCCCAUCUCCCCCUCCCCCCUGCCAUGGAGACCAAUUCCAAUGCCUGGACUUCACCCCAGUGCUGUGCUUUCCCUUGCCUGUUGUGGGAGGAGGAAGGCAAACAUGGCUGCCUGGGCCAGCCCCUCCAGCCCUGGUCACUGCAUGAUCUGCUCUGGCAAAAUCCUCAUAGGGCAGCCAGGGUGGUGACAAUCUGUGGCCUGUAGGAGGAGCGGGCCAAUGGGACAGCGGAGAAAUCUGAGCCCUAUUUCACCAUCUGCUGGUUCAGCUUGCCUCAUUCGGAUUUGGGGAAGUAACUGUUGCUUCCUUACCUGAUUGGUGCAGCUGCCCUGGGGUCAUCGGCCUCAGUCCACACCUGUAGAGGUGUCUCAAGUUCUGUCUCCUGUGCCUUGCUGGGUGUGCCCGGACACUCUUCCCAUGGGAGGUGGGGGGAGGCUGAAGACUGCCUCCCAGCUCAAGUCCUGGAGUAAUCAGGUGGAAAUCAAUAAAGGAGAGCCCUGGCCCCACACAUGGCUGGCUAGUGCUCUUACCACUGA